UGGUGGUAGUGUCGUCAUCGGCAAUGGAAGAUCCUCCAAAUUGGAUGGAAAUGCCCGACGAAGUGAUGGCAAAUAUACUUCAACGAUUGGGUACUAAAGAGAUACUCAACAAUGCAUGGAAAGUGUGCACAACUUGGCGGAGAAUUUGCAAAGAUCCGGCGAUGUGGAAAGUGAUUGAUGUUCAGAAAUCCGAUAAUGAUGUGGAAGAACAUCUCGAUCUCGAGAGGCUGACUAAGAAGGCAAUCGAUCUCAGCUGUGGGGAAUUGAUCGAUAUCAGUAUCUCAGGGUUUGGCAACGAUGAUCUCCUUGAUUACAUAUUUCUGCGGUAGAUUUCUUCCCUUUUCCCAUCGAUAUUCAAUUUCAUACUCAUUCUACACUCAUACGCACCACCAAUUAUCCCUUGUUUACUGAAAUU